AAGGCAUUCAGGCUUAAUUCGGGGAACUGGAGCACAGAUCCAAUUCCCUAAAUCAAGAGCCCCUCACCAACAUCAAGGAACCUUCCCUGAGGGGCCAAGAGACAUGAGUGAAGGAAGACAAGAGGAUCACUACACCGGGUAGAGGAUGAUAAUGUUGAGCAGGACUCGUCAGGUUUUUCUUCGUACUUUCAGGGUUUAUGUCGCUGACAGUCAGAGAAUUAGUCAGUUUUCAGGUGGUGGGACGUCCUUAAUCUAUGAAGAGUAUGGAGACCCACUGAAAGUUGUUAAACAGAUAGACACUGUCAUCCCCCAGCAGCUGAAAGAUGAUCAGGUGUUGAUUCGAAUGCUUGCAGCACCUGUCAAUCCAGCGGACAUUAACACUAUUCAAGGAGUUUAUCCAGUAAAGACUAAGCCUCCCUGUGUACCAGGCAACGAGGGUGUUGGGGAGAUUCUAGAUGUUGGCAACAAGGUCAGAAGUGAACUACAGCCAGGAGACUAUGUCAUUCCCAGAAGUACUGCUUUUGGCACAUGGCGGACACAUGCUUUGGCCACCCCUAGUGAACUAAUCAAGAUUCCAUCAGACAUUGAUCUUGCAACAGCUGCUACUAUUGCAGUCAAUCCAGGAACAGCAUAUAGAAUGCUAAAGGACUUUGUUCCUCUCACUAGUGGUGACACUGUAAUUCAGAAUGGUGCUAACUCGGCUGUUGGACAAGCUGUUAUACAGAUAGCAGCAGCCUUAGGUCUCAAGACAGUCAAUGUGGUACGUGAUCGACCCUCUAUAAAUGAGUUGAAACAAUUCCUCACCAAACUGGGAGCAACUGUGGUUUUGACUGAAAGUGAAUUGAGAAAAAGUGAAGAAAUAAAGGCUCUACCACCUCCAAGUCUGGCUUUGAACUGCGUAGGUGGUCGAAGUUCAACAGAACUACUGAGGCAGCUGGCACCUGAAGGUGUCAUGGUCACUUACGGAGGCAUGUCUAGACAGCCAAUAGCUGUGCCAACAGGAGCUUUAAUCUUUACUGAUGUUAAGCUGUUUGGUUUUUGGAUGACACGAUGGAACAGUAACCACCUCAACCAUCCUGAACGUCAUCAGAUGUUAGACGAAUUAUUUCAACUUGCACGAAAUGGUGAGUUAAAGCCACCAGAUCACACUCUUGUUCCUUUCUCAAGCUUCCAUGUUGCUCUUGAAAAUGCCAUGCCUAGUGAAGGAAUGUUGGGCAAGAAACAAAUCUUAAUAUUUAAAUAAUAAAUAUUUAGCCCACGUUGUACUGAAAUUUUGAAUAUGAUAGUGAUGUGGAGCAUCCAGACUCUGUACGUAAUUCUUGUAAUUUUGUAAAAUGUAAUAUGGUGUUAAAUGGCAAAAAAAAUAGUAUAUCAAAUGAGACAGAGACCUCGAACUACUCAAUCCAAUGGUUAUUAACAAACUUAACAAAUCAUUGCUAACAAAGUACAGUACUCAGGAUAAUGGUUAUCAAAACGUUUGAUGUAAUACAGUACAUAUUGACAAUAAAUUGAAGUUACAAAUAUCUUAAUAGAUAUCACGGAAAAUCAUAUUAAAUUUGUUUAGUGUUUACUGAAUGCGAAAUCAGACACAUCACUCAUGUUAUAUUCUUCUUUAUGUAAAUAAGUCUGUUGUGCUAAAUGGUUAAUUCAGGUUUCUUUUCUGUAUUUACACUUCAUAGUAUCUUGAUCUAUUUGUGUACCUUUUAAGUCUUAUUGUAAUAUGCAAAUAUAUUUCAGACAUCCAUAA